GAUUUAUAGUAUUAUUUAAAAUAUGGAAAAAGAAAUAUCACCUAGCCACCAUGCGAGAGAUUGUUCUAUACCGUUUGGUGAUUUGAAUCUAGAAACUAUUUUCCAAGGAUCGUGCACUUCUAAAACGGAGUAUAACAGACUCGGGGCUGUUGUGGAGAGCAGUCUUCCCUUUUGGUAUAUUCAAAACAACGCCAUGACGUCACAUUCGCCUUACAAACCAUCGCUGAUGUACCAUGCAACUGAUCACGUGAACAUUAUCAGGAGAAAGCCGGUCGCAAAAGACAACACGGGUGCCUUGAAAUUGUGGCUACUACAGCAUAAAAAGAACCCUUAUCCAAACAAACCGGAGAAAAUCAUGCUCGCCAUUUUGUCCAAAAUGACCUUGACACAGGUGUCCACGUGGUUUGCUAAUGCCAGAAGGAGGCUGAAAAAAGAGUUUCCCGAGGAUGAUUUUGAUAUCUUAACAGAUUCGUUACAAACAAACAGUUGCUUUUCCGACAAUUAGACUUUAGACACAUUCAUGAUGUAGUGGAAAGUGUGAAAAACUUUGAUAUUGUUUACGGAAAAAAAACAAGAAGUAUCUUUAAAAAGAUACUCGGCCGAAGUCAAACUUGUUAAUUUGCAUAGGAUAAGCUACUACUAACCAUGCUAACCGCAAACAGAACAUUUAUUCGUCCUCAAUAGUUUUAUUUCAGUUCAUUUUACCCGGAACGUUUUUCCCCAUUAAUUGUCAUCUUAGAUUUAAUCAUUAUUACUUACAUUAUUUGAGUUUAAUCAAAAUGGAAUUUGAUUUGAAUAGGAAUUUAUAAUAAAACAAAGAUUUGAUAGAUACUGUACACUUAUUCCACGGAGAAUUUUGCAACUGUAAAUUAGUCGAAAGUUCGUUUCAAUCGUCUUAUGUCUGGUUCGGGAAGAGAAUAUAAUGACUAGAACAGCUUAGAUGAGAA